AUGAGUAAUACAACAAGUCUUAUUGAUAAAGAAAGUUUGAAAAAUCUUGAUGUAAGUCAAGCAU